AUGUCUACUCCGGUCCAAAUCGUGGAAAAGCUGCUGAGCAACAUGACCAACGACGAUGUCGUGGCCUCGCUCGUCGCCCCAGACGCCACGUACGUGUCGCUGAACCACAGCAAUCCCGACUUGAAAAAAAUCAUGCCCUGGUGCGGAACUUGGCAGAAUGCCGGGCCAUCAGCAUUCAUCAACACUUUUACGGGUGUCGCGCACUUCUGGGACAACGAGGGGUCGAAGACGGACGCCAUCUUUGGGUCUGGCGAGAAUGUCGCCGCAUUCGGCCGCAUGACUUUGCGCUCCAAAACCGUCGGCAUUGCCAAGACGGUUCCCUUUUCUGUCUGGUGCGUUGUGAAGAAUGACAAGAUUACCUUUAUGCAGUUUAUGGAGGAUACUUUUGACACGGCUGCCACGUUUCGGAGUGGUGGUGCUUGGACAUUCCGGGCCAACCCGGAUACAAAGGAGGAGUUUUCGAUUUGA